AUGGAGCAAGCCAAUAGAGAUGUUGUGGCUCCGGCAAACCCUAUAAGGGGGAUGGAUACUUCUAGAGUAAGAGAGGUUUUAAAGAUGAACCCUCCGGAGUUCUAUGGCUCCAAGGUGGAAGAGGAUCCAAAUGGGUUUAUAGAAGAGGUGUACAAGGUACUUGCCAUUAUAGGAGUGACUUCGAGAGAUAGAGCAGAGCUAGCCGCUUACCAAUUGAAGGAUGUUGCUCGAAUAAGGUUCUUUCCUCGGGAGUUGAGGGAGGCUAAGAUGGAAGAGUUCAUAAAUCUUAAGCAAGGUAACAUGAAUGUUAAUGAGUAUGCCUUGAAAUUCACUCUUUUGUCUAAGUAUGCUCCAUCAUUGGCAGCAAAUCCAAGGUUUGACCAAGAUAAAGGUAGUGGGUCUCCAUUGCCUAAGACUACUUGCUCCAAGUGUGGGAGAAGUCAUUAUGGUAAGUGCCUAGCUGGCAUGGAUGGUAGCUAUAGGUGUGUGAAGAGUGGGCACAAAAUGAGAGAUUGUCUGGUUCUAAAGACAAAAGGAAGAGAGGGAAAGAAAGUUGACUCUAGUGGUGUUGAUGAGGAGCCCCAAGAAAAGAAUAGGUUCUAUAACCUCCAAGCUAGGGAUGAUCAAGACUGA